AUGGCCACUAUAACCUCUCAACCACCUCCUCCCAGUUAUACGGCAGCCAUCGCCGCCCAAACUAUACAUCCAUACGAUGACGACGAUUAUGAUGAGCACGAUGAUGACUACUAUAAUCACGAUGAUUCGGCCGUAUACUAUCCAAACACAACACCCAUUAAUCACAAUCCCUCGAAGACUAUAACGAUAAAACUGGACUUAUCAAUCAAUAUACAUGGCGAUGGAAACACCCUCGCUAUUGCCUCGCAGCAAGUUCGAGACCAAACGCAGCCAUCGAACUCCAGAUCCAAAGUCGCAAACACCACAGCCUCCAUCAUCGCCGCCAUCCAGCAAUCAGGGAUCAUAGCGCAAAGGCUAGAUUCCGGUUCCGGCUCCGAUUCCAGCUUUGAUUCCAGCCCGGCUGCGGCAUCCACUACUGUGCAGAUCAACAUCGAUGCAGGGGUCAGAGUUCAGGGGAGUCGGAAUAUGGUCUGUUUCGGUGUUCGGCCUGGUGCACGAUCCCCUGGGUCGAAGAACAAUAUGGACACGAACAUCUAUAAUGCGAGGAAGAGGCGGGCUCAGUCGUGA